UCACAGCUCACAAGGACAGAGAGAGAGAGCCAUAAUAGAGAGUGUCUUUAACUUCUUUCAUGUGAACAGUGACUCUGCAGAAACCCCAGAAGCAAUGCAGACCUUUUGUUUCUUCUCCUCCGUCUUCUUCUUCCCCCUGCUAUCAUGCGCACUUUCCCCUCUAUCCUACGCCUCCUCCGCCCUCAAUCUCGGCCGUCGUCACCUCUCCGACGACGCAGGAUCAGCUCUUCUCACUCCUGCUUCACCCAUAAGUCCUCCUUUCUUCCCUCUCGAGUCCUCCGCUCCUCCUCUUCCCCCGCCGCCGCCUCCCCCCACCUUCUCCGCCUUCCCUACUACUUUCCCCGCCAACAUCUCCGCCCUCGUCCUCCCCCGCUCUCCUAAACCGCAUUCCGCUUCCCCUGCUCUUCUCGUCCCGGCCAUCUCCGCAGUCCUCGUCGUCGCCACGGUUAUCGGCGUCGCUUUGUUUCUCUACGGCCGGUGGAAAGGGCAGAAUCGUCAUUUCAAAGACACUAACACUAGUCUUGGUAGUGGUAGUAGUAGUCAUAGCCAUGGGUAUGAUGAAGAAGAGCCGAGACACGUCAUCACCAACAACUUCUCUGUCUCCGCUUCUUCUCCAACCUCUGAGGUUCUAUACCUCGGAGGAGAGGAGGAGCCUGACCGUGUUGUAACGAGUUUCGUCAAGCCUCCCGAGUCGCCGGAGAUACGCCCUCUCCCUCCGUUGCCUCGCAGCUUCCAGCCUAGCUACGACGAAGCUGAGGUCCACGAUGAGAGAAACGAAGACGAAGAAGAGGAAGAGUUCUUCUCGCCUCUAGCUUCUUUAGCUAGCUCCGCGAACUCAAGCCCGUCUCGCUCCGGUUUCGAGCAAUGCUCCUCCUCCUCCUCCUCCUCCGGCUGGGUUUCUCCGGCGAGGUCCUUCUCCAUGACUUUGUCUCCGGUUCAGCAGCAACGCUCAUUCAGUAGACUCUCUGACGUCUCUUUGGAACAAAGCCUUCAGUCUCCGUCGCCGGAGAGGCUAAGAGUGAGGAACAGCAACGGACACGUGUCGUCUUCUCUGAGAAUGUUCAGCUUCUUUAAUCAGAAUCUGAGCUUCCCUCGCAUCUCCUCUGCUUCCACCUCGCCGGAUAGAGGAGGCUUCGUGCGAACGCCGCUCUCGUCUCUCUACUCGUCUGUUUCGAACUCUCCCGACGGAUUGUUCCGGAAGUUUAUAAACAGCUCGCCGCCGAUUUGGAACGACUUUAGUCGGAAUGUGAAGUCGGUGUUGCUCUCCUCUGAGUCGGUUUCGUCAAGAAGAGACUUUGUUAUCAACAUUGGUGACUCUUCUUCUCGGAUUUGGAACCAACAGAGCCAAGCAGCAGCAGUAGCAGCUCCUCCUCCUCCGACGAGACCGCCUCCUCUUGUCCCACCUUCACAGUCUUUUGUGGUUCAGAAUGUUGAAAGAAAGCCAUCCUUUUCGGACAAACUUAAUCAAGGUUCUUGUCAGAACACAGCUUGGGAUUGUCUUAAAACAAACUCAUUCAAGUUGAACAAAGAGAUUGUAGAGACUCUGUUCAUCUCAAACUCGUCAAGUCCAAACAUUAACCAGAGAGGUCUCACCUAUGACCUUCCGUCUCAAAAUGAAGUUUCAUACCAGAACAUUGCUACUCGCCUUCAACUACUUAACUUGACCACAAAGGAUGUUUGCAAUGCUCUUCUUGAAGGUGACUCUGGUGCACUUGGAGCUGAGCUUCUUGAUUGUCUAUCAAGAUUGGCACCUAGUAAAGAAGAAGAGAGGAAGCUGAGGAACGCUAGUGAUGAUUCUGCGAUGAUCAAGCUUGGUCCAGCUGAGAGGUUCCUUAAGGAGUUGCUUCAAGUGCCGUUCGUGUUCAAACGGGUUGAUGCAUUGCUCUCCGUGGCUAACUUCUACCCUGAGGUUGAAUAUGUCAGACGAUCAUUCGGUGUUGUACAGGCUGCUUGUGAAGAGCUGAGGAACAAUAAAACGUUCUCGAGACUUCUUGAAGCUAUACUCAAGACAGGAAACAAGAUGAGCGUUGGAACAAACGCUCACGCUUUCAAAUUCGACACGCUCCUAAAGCUCGCUGAGGUCAAGGGACUAGACGGGAGAAGCAGCGUCUUGCAUUUCGUUGUUCAGGAGAUGAUAAAAUCAGAAGGCUCUGUGAAGGCUUUAGACCGCAUCAGAAACCUGAGCUCGGAGAUGGAGACAGUCAAGAAAUCAGCUGACAUUGAGUACGGUGUUCUAAGCAGCGGUGUGUUGAAGCUUUGUCAGGGAAUCAAGAACAUCAAGGAGCUUCUGAUACUGAGCGAGGAGAGUGGAUGUGGUGGAGAUCAGUGGGUGAAGUUCGAGGCUAAGAUGGCUCGGUUCUUGGAAACUGCUGGUGAGGAGAUUCUGAAGAUCAAAGCGCAAGAGAGCUCAACGCUGUCUGCAUUGGAAGAGGUCACAGAGCUAUUCCAUGGAGGUUCUUCCAAGGAAGAAGGUCAGACGCUGAGAGUUUUCAUGGCUGUGAGAGACUUCCUGUCUACUCUAGAUGAAGUAUGUAACGACAUGGGAGACAGAUUCUCGGCUUAAGAUUUUAAAAUGUAGUUGAAGUAGUUUAUUAGGAAGUAAUCUUCAGUUUUUCUGUUAUCUCUAGAAUGAGAUGACCUCUAAACUUAAGGGAUCUUGCAAUCUGUUAACCUGCACUGUUUUAGCUUGAAGUAGCAUUAGAUGUACGGAUUUUAAGACAUUUCUUGUACUUUCUCUCAACUUGAAACCAUUUUCUCCCAAGACAUAA